AUGGAGGACCCCAAAGAACUAUUUCAUUUUGUGGGCAAGAAAGAAGACCUAAUCAAAGCAAAGCGCACAUUCAAAACACUGGAUGGUCGGGAUGUGUUGAUCGUCUACCACCAGGAAUGCUUCUAUGCUUUGGACUAUUACUGCUAUCAUGCCGCUGGAAAGCUUGAGAAUGGAGACAUUGAGGAAAUAGGUGGCCAUUUGUGCAUAAUUUGCCCCAAUCACAAGUACAAGAUUUCCCUUGCCAAAGGGGAGGGCAUAUGCAAGGGUGUUGACAGGACCAAAGUGCCGCCUAUGCCCGUUACGUUCUCAAAAGGGGUGAAGCAGCGGGUCCACACAGUGAAAGAGAUCAACGGGGAUGUCUAUGUGGAGCUUUCUAAAGUGCCCGGAUGGAUCGAGUCAGACUACUUCCAGGGAGAAGAGGGCAAAGAGAACAGGGCCAAAGCUGAAGCCAAGGCGUCGCCCAACAAGGGGAAAGAUUCUUCCUAA